AUGGCGAACUCCAAUGGCACCGCACUGAAAGACGGCCAGGCCGCUCAGCCAGCCUUUGACAAGCAGAAGCUUCUACUAUCUGCCGAUGCAGGCCGCUUCUCUCUUAUUCGAGCUCUUCACCUCGCCGACGCUAUUACUCUCCUCAACGGUCUCUGCGGUAUACUGUCCAUCUUCUCAGCGUUACAUUACUGCCUCGGCGAUCCCCAAGACCCCACCCUGAUAUACGUUGCCCUGACCUUCCUUCCCUUCGGCCUCUUCUUCGACUUUAUGGACGGCCGCGUGGCCCGGUGGCGGAAGAAGACGAGCAUGAUGGGCCAAGAAUUAGACUCUCUCGCUGACCUAAUCUCCUUCGGCGUCGCCCCCGCAACAAUAGCCACAGCCAUCGGCUUCCGAACCCCCCUCGACGCCCUCUCCCUCUCCUUCUUCGCCCUCUGCGGCCUCGUCCGCCUCGCCCGCUUCAACGUCACCGUCUCCUCCCUCCCCAAGGACGCCACCGGAAAAUCCUCCUACUUCGAGGGCGCCCCCAUCCCGACCACCCUCGGCAUCGACGCCAUCAUGGCCUACUGGGUCGCCAACGGCUGGAUCCUCGAGAACUUGCCCUUUGGCGUGUGGGGCGAGGGCACUUUGCUGGAGGUUCACCCGCUUGUGUUGUUGUUUGUCGCGCAUGGGUGUUUGAUGACGAGCAGGACGAUCAAGGUACCGAAGCCGUAA